AUGGGUUCUUCUUCACCCCUGGUCAAGCCGGCAAGCGUCAGUGGGCAGAGUAGUAGUACCAAUUCACCUCAGAAUCGAAGCUGGUGGGCUAGAUCGUGGCUCCUCGCACUGUCGGUUGCGCUGGGAGCUGCAGGAGGGACCUUCACUUGGCUCAACCCUGAGACCCAUUCUUUAGAUUAUGCGGUCUGUUCUGCUAACCGCACAAUCUACACAGUCGACUCAGAUCUUCCCAAUGUUCAAUGCAUCUUCGUACAUGAUACCCUCAUUUCAGACACAGGUGAUCUAGAGGACAUAACUUUACGCUGGCGGGAUCGAUGGUGGUCAGAGAUCCCACUGGCAAGCGUCAUUCGCUUACCUUGGCCAUUCAAUUUUCUUGAGCCAUCUCCGAGAGUGAUAAACAUCCCACCUGACAGUAUUGUAGUUCCUGGCCUGACUGAUGCCCAUGCUCAUGUGUUGCAUUAUGGUUUUAAGAUGAAUCUCAACUUGGAUGACUGUACCUCUGUGGAUGAUGUCUUGAGCCACUUGAAAGCUUAUGUUAUAGCACAUCCUGACAUUCUGGGCGAUCCCACUCGAUGGAUAGAGGGCAUGGGAUGGGACCAGAAUAAAUGGCCUGGAGCGCAAUAUCCUCAUGCUAACGAUUUUGACAGGGAACCACUUCUUCGCGGUCGACGGAUAUCUCUGACCCGUAUUGAUGCUCACGCCUCCUGGGUAUCCAACCGUGUGCUGCAGCUCAUGGCGCCCCUCCCUAAGGAGGAUAUCGAUGGCGGGCUGAUUAUCCGCGACAAGCACGGAAAACCCACUGGAAUAUUCGUUGAUAAUGCUAUGGCUCUCAUUCCCUCACAACCCUUCAGCGAGACCCGCGCGAUGGAGUACUUCACCCGUGCUACUAGUGACGCACUUGCGGUGGGUCUGACUAGCGUGCACGACGCAUUUUCUGUCCCAGAAGAAAUACACUUCUAUAAAAAACUCUCAGAGACUCAGCAGCUACCUCUCCGGCUUUAUCUCAUGGGCAGUGUGAACUUUGAUGAUUACUGGGGAGGUCAGAUUCCAAGGCUGAUCCAGCACGGAUUUGGUGGACGAUUGACAGUGCGCAGCGUCAAACUUUUCGCAGAUGGUGCGCUUGGUUCAUUCGGCGCUGCACUGCUUGAGCCCUAUAGUGAUAAUCCGUCGACAAGCGGUAUCAUGCGGUUGCGCCCGGAGGCGCUUGCAAAGCUGGUAAAGGAGUUUUCGACCGAUGGUUGGCAAAUUAAUAUCCACUGUAUUGGAGACCGGGCAAAUCAUGUCGUACUCGACAUUUAUGAUGAUAUGCUCGCCAACGCUUCGUUUUCCAUAGACGCCUUGCGACCUCGUAUUGAGCAUGCGCAAAUCUUGACACUAGAUGAUAUCAAGCGAAUUGGAAAGUUAGGUGUGAUACCUAGUGUGCAACCGACCCAUGCGACAAGCGACAUGUGGUAUGCUGAGGAUCGGUUGGGUCCAAAGAGAAUCAAAGGCGCGUAUGCAUAUCGAGCUUUACUCAACGCGUCUCCAACCAGAGUCUUACCCCUUGGCUCUGACUUCCCUGUCGAGGACAUCAACCCCCUUCUUGGUUUCUACGCUGCUGUUUCACGCCUCUCUGUAACAGGCGACUCGCCUCAUGGUCCUGGAGGAUGGUAUCCAUCCGAGCGCCUCACGCGCGCUGAAGCGCUCAAAGGCAUGACGCUCGAUGCUGCAUACGCGUCUUUCUCUGAGGAUAUUCUCGGUUCGCUUUCAAUCGGGAAGAAAGCUGAUUUCGUCGUUCUGGACCGUGAUAUCAUGACGGUGCCUAUCGAGGAUAUCUUGAGUGCCACAGUGACAGCAACUGUCAUCGAUGGGGAGGUGGUAUACGGAAAUCUAUGA